AUAUGUUUUUGCUAAACUAAAUCUCUAUGUGGUUCAACGCUUAUUUCACAUGAUCUAAAAGAGAUAUGGUUCUUUUUGAAUAUCCAUUAUGCCACAGGUGACAGAAGCAAGCAGCUCUGUUGCGAUGGAGGUCAUGGGACUUCAGAGGGGCCUGGAUGAACUGCUGAGUUGUGGGGUGGAUAUAGCUGUGAUGACGACAGACAGAUCACCAUCGGUCCGGAAAUUGAUGAGAGAAGAACAUCCCCAAAUCCGGCACGAGUUGGAUCCCUGGCAUGUUGUAAAGGGAAUCAAGAAGAAAAUUGUUGCGGCAUCAAACAGACGGGGUCAGAAAGAGCUGCUUGGAUGGUUCAGAGCCAUUACCAACCACUUUUAUUGGUCUUGCGAUACUUCCAAGGGUGAUCAGGAGCUUUGCAUCCUUCGAUGGUGCUCCGUGCUUCAUCACAUCAUUGGAGUGCAUCGGUGGGAGGAAGGCGGCACUACGUAUACCUGCCAUCACCCAGCCCUGUCCAUUGAGGAGCAGCAAGACAAGAAAAGAUGGCUUGAACCUCAGUCCCCUGCUUUUUUGGCCCUCAAAGACAUUGUCACAAACAAGAAUCUCCUCCAAGACAUGAGGCAGAUGGCGCUUUUCAAGCACACAGGAACUCUGGAGGCCUUCCACUCUGUCAUGCUGAAAUAUGUCCCUAAAAGACUGCAUUUUGGAUAUGACUCCAUGCGGGCACGGACACAGCUGGCAAUCAUGGAUCACAAUGAAAAUGUUGGCAGACAACAGGCUACGACUAAAGAAGACAGUCAGCGGACUGGGUGA